AAAAUAUAUUUGACUAUAUUUAAGCUUUAUUUUUAGCAGUAAAAUAUGGCUUCUAAACCUAAAGAAGAAAGAAUAUCAUUUGGACAAUGGAAUAUAAUAGCCCAAAAAGGGCCAAUUUUAUCAUCUUCUGAUAGUGAUAGAAUAUCAAAUGAGUUAAAUCUUCCCUCAUUGCCCGAAAUGGUGUUUGGAGAAACAUUUCUUCAAAUAAAUCAUGAUGAUGGCUUUAGCAUUUGUUUUAAUGCUUUGGAUGCAUUAAAAUUAGUGGAUAAUAAAAAUGACUUAUUGAAAGUUGGGGUAGCUGAGGAAUGGAGAAAAUACAGAGCUGAUAACGAGUUCAUUGAUGAUAUAGUUAACCCAUUUGAUUGGACUUUUACCACUAACUAUAUGGGAACACUUGUACCUAGUCAUCAGAAUAAAAUUGUUGCAACAGAAGAGCGAAUUAAUCUAGAAAAACUUCGCCAACGUGAAAGUAUUGCUUUUUAUCAAGAUUUAUUGUUAUUUGAAGAUGAGUUAGCAGAUCAUGGUAUGGUGACACUUUCAGUAAAAAUUCGUGUCAUGCCUUCUUCAUUCUUUGCCCUGCAACGUUUUUUCCUUCGUGUUGAUGGAGUAAUAAUUCGCAUGAAUGAUACAAGGUUAUACUAUGAGAUGGGAAACAAUUUCAUAUUAAGAGAAUAUUCAUCCAGAGAGAAAAAGAUAAAAGAUAUUCCGAACCCUCUUCUUGACCCUUCUGAACUAGCAGAGCAACUAGACCUUGUGAGCGAAACUGUUUGUAAACUUGAGUUGUAGAAUUAUUUAUACCGCCACAUUACCCGUGAUAAAUUGUUUUGCUGAA